UAAAAGUUAUCGAUGUAUGUAUCUCUAUUCGAAGUGUCAAAGGUCGAGUAGACUUGAUCGCCUACAUGUAAUCGGUCAGAUAACGAGGGAAAUAUGUUGUUUAAACAAAAAGAAGUACUGGAUACAUGCGAUAUCGGAUCGUGAAAUUUUGUUUGGAGUGUAUGUAAAUUAGUCAGAACACCGUGGUCAGUUCAGAAGAAAUGUAACGUGAUUUGAGUGCUGCAGGGUUAGCAUCUACUAUGAUUUCGAGCUUUUAUGAAAAAAUUAUUGGUGCGUCUUCUACGACGGAGCCGAGCCAGCAGAAAAUUCUUUGUGUUGGGUUAACUUGUUUGGAUAUUGUGCAAGCUUGUAGACAAUACCCCGCAGAAGACACUGAUCAAAGAUCUGUAGAAUAUAGAUGGCAAAGGGGAGGCAAUGCAUCCAAUACUUGUACAGUUCUUUCCCUCCUGGGAAGUUUUUGUGAGUUCUUGGGUACCUUGAGCACGGAUGAACAUUUAAACUAUCUACAAAAUGACAUGAGGAAGCAUCACAUUGAUUUUUCCCAUUGUCCUAUGGUACAAGGAAUUGGAUGUCCAACAUCGACGGUUAUUUUGAGUUUGAGUAAUGGUUCCCGCACGAUUCUGCAUCACAAUCCAUGUAUGCCUGAAUUAACAUUGAAGGAUUUUGAACAGUUGCAUCUCCAAGAUUACAGCUGGAUUCAUUUUGAAGGCAGAAAUUUAAACGAAGUAUUAUCCAUGAUGCAGUGUGUGGAAAAUUAUAAUAAUAUGUUAAGUUAUAGUCAAGAUUCCACAGAUAAAGAACUUGAUUACAGCCAAAUGCCAAUUACAGUUAGUGUGGAACUGGAACGUCCAGAACAGGAGUUAUUAGAUCUGUUACCAUAUGUUGAUGUUGCAUUUAUAUCUAAAGAUUUUGCUCAAAGUAGAGGAUAUGAUAAUAUGAGUGAGACAUUAAAGAAUAUCAGCGAAGAUGCUAAAUCUGGGGCAACUCUGAUCUGUGCUUGGGGAGAUCGAGGUGCUAUGGCAAGAACUCCGGACAAUGUCACAGUACAGUCUCCUGCUUUCCCACCACACGAAGUUGUGGAUACAUUGGGUGCUGGUGAUACUUUCAAUGCAGCAGUGUUGCACUUUUUAAAUACCGCAAAAUUAGAUUUUAUUAAAACGAGAAAAUCGGACUUGUCCGAAGAAAACACAGAGGGGCAUAAGCGCAAUAUCACAAAGAAUUAUAAUAUAGAAAGCGUAGAAUGUAGCCAUACUGAAUUUAUUACGCAGAGUGUUCUACAAGCAGCCGUGACUUUCGGUUGUCAAGUAGCUGGCGCUAAAGUUGGUUUAAAAGGCUACGGCAAAUUAGAUGAAAUCUUCAAAAAUGCAUUGCAAAGCUAGUCGA